AUGGCAGACAUUCAACAGGCGCGUCUGGAGGACGUUUCACCUGCGGGUGAGAAGCACGACCUGCCCCCGUCCUAUGACGCUCCUGCUCAGCCUAUCACCAAAAAAUCUCGUCUCGGAGCUGUCGGGCUCAUCUUCGCUUGCGGUGCUGCCCUGUUCUCUGAUGGAUACGUCAACGCUGCCAGUGGACCUGCUCUCACCGUACUCUCAUACAUCUACCCCGACCAUCCUGGCUUCUCUACGUUCGAGUCGCGCUUCUCAUCUCUCGUCUUUGCCGGUACCGUCUUCGGCAUGCUCCUGUUCGGCUUUCUGGUUGACCGCAUCGGACGUCGACACGGCAUGUGGUUCUCUUCCAUCUGGCUCACUCUCUGGUCUGUUUUGAUUGCUGGGGCCUGGGGCGCCGGCGGCUCCGUUAACGGUCUUUUCGCUGCCCUUUCCGCCUACCGCUUCAUCAUGGGCAUCGCUAUCGGUGCAGAGUACCCCAGUGGCUCCGUCGCCGCCUCCGAAAACACCGAAGGUGAAGGUGUCAACAAAAGCCGACAGCAGAUGUAUUUCAUCAUCGCCACCAACACCAUGAUCGACCUCGGCUUCGUCGUCGCCGUCUUGGUUGCCUAUAUCCUCCUCCUCAUCUUUGGCAUGAACCAUCUGCAAUGGGUCUGGCGUCUUACGCUCGGUCUUGGCGCUCUGCCACCUCUGAUUGUGUUCUUCUUCCGAACGGGAAUGCACGAACCAGAACAUUUCCGCAAACAUGCCAUCAAAAGGAACGUCCCCUACUGGCUCAUCUUCAAGCGAUACUGGGUCCGCCUCCUCGCCGUUUGCCUUGCAUGGUUCUGCUAUGACUAUGUGUCGUACCCUAGCGGCAUCUAUUCCUCUCUGAUUAUCAAGCAGCUUAACCCCAAGAAUGGAGCAUCCGAUUACACCGUUUUGAAACGAUCGCUGGCCUAUUCGACCGCCCUCAACUGCUUUUACCUGCCCGGAACCAUCAUUGGCGCCAUUGUCGCGGACCGACUUGGGCCCAGAUACACAAUGAUCAUCGGUCUUCUAUGCCAGUCUGUCUUCGCCUUCGCCAUGGGUGGUGCGUUCGGGUCCAUAAGAGAGUCCCUAGGAAAGCUUGUUGCUAUCUACGGACUCUUCCUCGCAUGGGGGGAGUUCGGACCCGGUAAUAACUUGGGGCUUCUUGCAAGCAAAGCCUGUGGUCCUGCCGCAGUCAGAGGUACAUUCUACGGCAUUGCUGCUGCAGUGGGUAAGAUAGGAGCCUUCUCUGGAUCGUACGCCUAUCCGCAGAUCCAGGCCGACCUUGGAACGCCCGACGACAACAUCUACUACGCCGGGCCAUUUUACAUUGCCGGCGGACUUGCUAUCUUCUCAGCCGUAAUCACGUACCUGUUUAUCCCCAACAUCGGGCAGGAUAGUAUGAAGAAGGAAGACGAAGCGUUCCGUCAGUACCUUGCAGACAACGGAUAUGAUGUCUCUCAGAUGGGUUUCGGGGAUGCGGACCAUCCCGUCAACUCGGAAGAGGGAGCGGCAAGGAUCGCCUCGAACACCGACAAUGGUUCGGUCGCGAAAAAGGAAAAGAUCAACGAGCCUGUUGUUACCUCUGGCCCCGUCAACUAA